AGCUAGCUUUCGUCGCGUGCUGCCCCGUGAUGUGGAAGGGUCGGCUGUACCCUGCCUACAGCCUGAGCGGCUCGGAGGGCGAGACGGACCUACAGGACUCGCCGGCGCACUACCGCUCGCUCCGCAGGCCUCGACCGUCCGCCCCCAGCCCCUACCAGCCGUACCACCACCACCACCACCACCACAACCAGCACCACACCUACCAGCAGCCGUACCACCACCACCACCACCAGCAGCAGCAGCUGCAGCAGCAGCAGCAGCAGCUGCAGCAAGAGCCCGCAGCCGGCCUCAGCGACACUCCCACCUCGGAGAAUGCGUCCGACGCCACGCUGACCGACUCGGAGCUGGCCUUGGCGCGCGACUCCACGCUCCUCGUGCACAACGGCUGCUUGCUGGACGGCGCCUGUCCGCCCGAUGUGCCGCCCAGGAACCCCUCCAUGAACCGCCUGAACGGCCGUGUCCCCACGGGGCUGGGGGCAGCCGGCGGCGGCCAGGGGGACCGCGACGGCGACUUCGAGCCGUCCUGCCUCGUGCGCACCCCGUCGGGCAACGUGUACAUACCCGCAGACAUACCAAAAAACUCUCCGCUUGACUACAAAUCCAACUCUUCGUGCAGCAGUCCGUCAAAAGGGGAGAUUCAGAAGAACUCUGAAAGAUGUUCCUUGCCGUUCGGGACGCCGGUGCCCGUGCUGCCCGUCCGCAACAACCUGCGCCGCCCCAACUCCAGCCACUUCCCCCCGCAGCGCUUCCACUUCCGCAAGCGGCUGGCGUCGCGCUGCAGCUGGAAGUGCGCUGCCAUCGCCUGCAUCGUGCUGUCGGCGGCGCUGGCGGUCGCUCUCGCCUACAUGUCGGCAGUGAAUUUGCUGAAUUGGUCUUACCAGAGCGCCAAAGCCUGCACGGUUUUGGUCGGUGAAAACACGGAAGUUUUUUCAAAGCCAUCCACCGAAUCGAAUCGCACGACGAACAGGGCCCGGCCCACCGCGGGGGGAGGUAAAUACGCGUCUGCACCGGCGCACAGUAAAGUAGAACCACAGCACCUUCGUUGGCGUAGGAAUGCUAACCAGCAUGCACCUGUUGAACCGUUUGUGCCCUCCGCCCCUCUAGCCGGAGAGUCUGUUGGCCCUGGCAGCAGCGACGGUGAUGAUACUGAUGAUGAUAGUGUAGCUUUUGAUGUUCGUGAUGUGCAUGAUGAAUCUUUAACUCUUCCUAGUAGAGUACUGCAUGAUCUGUCGGGUGAUGUAAGCGUCCCAGUGAAUGUGACCGGACUCCAAGAAUCCCAGCAUGCUGUUGUGUCUGUCCCGCUUGUUGUGACUGCUGAAAACUUUUCUGCCAUUUUCAACCACCGCAAGAUUGGCGGUGACCCGCUGCUUGAAGAAGCUCAAAGUGGUUCGCCAACAGUGAAAGACGCCUCUGCGAGGAAUCAUGGAACGGCAGAACACAAACCACUCCAACCGGCCGGUCUUCAGCGUGACUACCCUUUACUUUCGUAUGGCAAGGACGAAGUAGAGAUAGUUAAGUUGAAUCACCACGAGUCUGUGACUCUCAGAGCGGGGAAUGGGUUGCCUCAACACACCAGCCCAGAUGCAAACCGUCUGAACAACGAGGUUCCAGGGAACAUUGAGUCACUAGCUUUAGAUUUGCUUGACUCCAGUGAUGAUCACUUAGAAGCAGCACACGAGUCCACGAACAAGCCUGCGACAACUACAACAGAUCAGUUUGAUGACACCACAGCUUACCACAAUGACCAGACUGAGAUUGAGAUUGAAACGAAAUUCGCUCCUGAGCCAAAGCAGAACCCGAACGCUAGUGUGCAUGAGAAUGACAUUGUUCAAUCGCAUGUUGUUGAAUUAACUCUCCAACCAGACCUGGGCCUUGUUUCUAACCAGACUGCGCUGUCGCCUGAAGAACCAAGAAUGGCUUCUAGUCUAGAGAAUGCGAGUUCACCCCAACUAACAGCCUUGCCUCGAGUGGAAGUGUUGUCCGUCCCCUCGGCCGACCCGAGCGGACCCCCCCGCCCCGCCAAGCGUGUGCUGGUGAACGUGACGAUCGCCACGGAGAACGACGAGUCGGGCCAGGGCUCCCGCUCCCGCCAGCCCGUGUACAUGCUGUCCCUCUCCGUCCCCACCGACGGCAACUCCGACCAGAUCCCGGGCAUAAACAUCGGCCGUGCCCCCGUCCCGGAGCGCCUGAGCGAACCUGCUCCCGGCGGCAUGCAGUCGCUUUCCCUCCUCGCCCAGCGUCCCACCUCGCACACACCCGACCCCACGCACGUGCCCCCCGGCAUCUGGGGCGGCGUGUGCGAGUGCUCCUGCCCCUGCCUCGACUCGGACAACUCCACGAGCGACGAGUCCGACUACGACGAGCCUGACGCCCGCGUGGUUUCAGGUAACGCCAGCGACCCCGCAGGCGCGGAUCCCCCGGGGCUCUUUCAGGAGUUGAAGGACGUGAAGCCGACGAACCUCGAAAACGAUGAUGCGCUCGCGCAGGAAACGAACGCGAGCACGACGGAAACAAACGAAGACCCCACGACGACGGAGCCUGCAGGAAACGCCACGGGUGGUGAACUUUCGGACCCGGAGUUGCCCGGUGCCUCCACGAUCACCGGCCCGGAGUCGGUCACCCACAGACUGAACGCUUCUUCGGAAACUUCCUUGGAGGUGGCCGGCACUUCGGCCAAGGAGGAAGGAACCACAGAGAUGUGGACCGCCACCACCACCACCACCACCACUACUUCCAUCGAAGUCACUAGUGCUCCGAGUGUCCGUCUGGAUUGCCCGGUGGUGCCAACCACCACACCACCGCCGCCCCUCAUCUUGGUGCUGGAAGGCGCCAAGACCUUCCCCGCAAGGUCGUUCCCGCCGGACGGCACCACGUUCUCCCAGAUAUCCCUGGGCCAGAAGCUGUCCAAGGAAAUCCCGCCCUACAGCUACUGGAACAUGCAGUUCUACCGGUCGGAGGCGGCGUACGUCAAGUUCGACUACAGCAUCCCGCGCGGGGCCAGCAUCGGGGCGUACGCGCGCCGUAACGCCCUGCCCACCCACACGCAGUAUGACAUCCUGGAGGUGCUGAGCGGGUUCAAGGCGCGGAGCGCGCGGGGAUCGCACCCGACGGUGAAGAAGGAGGUGACCCACUUCAUGGACCCGGGCCACUGGUUCCUGUCGCUCUACAACGACGACGGCGACCCUCAGGAGGUGUCCUUUGUGGCCGCCGUCGCCGAGGACUUGACCCAAAACUGCCCCAACGGCUGCAGCGGCAAGGGCGAGUGCCUCCUGGGGCACUGCCAGUGCAGCUCCGGCUUCGGGGGCGAGGACUGCAGCGAGAGCGUGUGCCCCGUGCUGUGCAGCCGGCGCGGGGAGUACAUCAACGGCGAGUGCCAGUGCAACCCGGGCUGGAAGGGGAAGGAGUGCAGCCUGCGCCACGACGAGUGCGAGGUCCCCGACUGCAGCGGGCACGGCCACUGCGUGAACGGCAAGUGCGCGUGCGUGCGCGGCUACAUGGGCAGGUUCUGCGACGAGGUGGACUGCCCGCACCCCACCUGCUCGGGCCACGGCUUCUGCGCGGAGGGCGCGUGCAUCUGCAAGAAGGGGUGGAAGGGGCCGGACUGCAGCGAGAUGGACAGCGACGCCUUGCAGUGCCUGCCCGACUGCAGCGGGCACGGCACCUUCGACCUGGAGACCCAGACGUGCAGCUGCGAGCCCAUGUGGUCCGGCGACGACUGCUCCCGGGAGCUGUGUGACCUGGACUGCGGACUUCACGGGCACUGCGUCGGGGAUUCCUGCAUGUGCAACGCUGGCUGGUCCGGGGAGUUCUGCAACAUGAAGCAGUGUGACGCGCGGUGCAACGAGCACGGCCAAUGCAAGAACGGCACCUGCCUGUGCGUGACGGGCUGGAACGGCCGCCACUGCACCAUGGAGGGCUGCCCCGGGGGAUGCAGCGGCCACGGGGAGUGCCGCGCCAGCGCCGACGGCGCCUGGGAGUGCCGCUGCUUCGACGGCUGGGACGGGCGCGACUGCAACACGGCGCUGGAGCAGAGCUGCAGCGACGGCCGCGACAACGACAAAGACGGCCUGGUGGACUGCGAGGACCCGGAGUGCUGCUCCAACCACCUCUGCCGCAGCAGCCAGCUGUGCGUGUCCGCCCCCAAGCCCAUCGACAUCCUGCUGCGCAAGCAGCCGCCCGCCAUCACCGCGUCCUUCUUCGAGCGCAUGAAGUUCCUGAUCGAGGAGGGCAGCCUGCAGAACUACGCCAAGCAGGAGACGUUCAACGAAAGCCGCUCGGCGGUGGUGCGCGGCAAGGUGGUGACCGCCACGGGCACGGGCCUGGUGGGCGUGCGCGUCAGCACCAGCACGCCGCUCGAGGGCUUCACGCUGACGCGCGAGGACGGCUGGUUCGACCUGCUGGUGAACGGCGGGGGAGCGGUGACCCUGCAGUUCGGCCGCAGCCCCUUCCGCGCGCACACGCACAUCGUCAUGGUGCCGUGGAACGAGGUGGUGAUCAUCGACACGAUCGUGAUGGGCACGGGCGACGACAAGUCGGCCGCGCACGUCCCGCACUCGUGCACGGCCCACGACUACGACCUCAUGAAGCCCGUGGUCCUCGCGACGUGGAAGCACGGCUUCCAGGGCGCCUGCCCCGACAAGAGCGCGAUCCUCGCGGAGUCACAGGUGGUACAGGAGUCGCUCCAGAUCCCGGGGACGGGCCUCAACCUGGUGUACCACAGCUCGCGGGCGGCCGGCUACCUGUCCACCAUCCAGCUCCAGCUGACCCCGGAGGCCGUACCGGCGACCUUGAAGCUGAUCCACCUGCGCAUCACCAUCGAGGGCAUCCUCUUCGAGAAGACGUUCGAGGCCGACCCCGUCAUCAAGUUCACCUACGCCUGGAACCGGCUCAACGUGUACAGGCAGCGCGUGUACGGGGUGACGACGGCGAUGAUCAAGGUCGGCUACGAGUACGGCGACUGCAAGGACGUCAUGUGGGACGUGCAGACGACGAAGCUCAGCGGCCACGACAUGAGCAUCUCCGAGGUGGGCGGCUGGAACCUGGACAUCCACCACCGAUACAACUUCCACGAAGGCAUCCUGCAGAAGGGCGACGGCUCCAACAUCUACCUGAAGCACAAGCCGAGGGUGAUCCUGACGUCCAUGGGCGACGGGCACCAGCGGCCGCUCGACUGCUUUGAGUGCGACGGGCCGGCCGCCAGGCAACGCCUGCUGGCGCCCGUGGCGCUGGCGUCUGCUCCCGACGGCUCCGUCUUCGUGGGCGACUUCAACCUGGUCCGGCGCAUGCUGGUCGACGGCACCGUCAAGACGGUCGUCCGGCUCAACGCGACGAGGGUGUCGUACCGCUACCACCUGGCGCUGAGCCCGCUGGACGGGGUGCUGUACAUCUCGGACCCCGAGUCCCACCAGAUCAUCCGGGCGCGCAGCACGGAGGACCUGUCCGACCCGGACCGCAACUGGGAGACGGCCGUGGGCUCCGGGGAGCGGUGCCUGCCCGGGGACGAGGCCCACUGCGGGGAUGGGGCGCUGGCGCGGGACGCCAAGCUCGCCUACCCCAAAGGGGUGGCCGUAUCGGCCGACAACGUGCUGUACUUUGCGGACGGGACGAACAUUCGAAUGGUCGACCGAGACGGCAUCGUGACGACGGUCAUCGGCAACCACAUGCACAAGUCCCACUGGAAGCCCAUCCCCUGCGAGGGAACCCUCAACGUCGAAGAGGUCCACCUCCGCUGGCCCACGGAGCUGGCCAUCAACCCCCUGGACAACUCCCUCCACAUCAUCGACGACCACAUGGUGCUGCAGCUGGCCCCCGACGGGCGGGUCAAGGUGGUCGCCGGCCGGCCCCUGCACUGCCCCUCGCCCCGGGGCGGCUACGACUCGGAGCUCGCCGCCCACGCCACCCUCGUCAUGCCGCAGAGCAUCGCGUUCGGCCCGUCGGGCGACCUGUACGUCGCCGAGAGCGACUCCCAGCGGGUGAACCGCGUGCGGGCGGUCGCCACCGACGGCAAGAUCUCCCGCUUCGCCGGCGCCGAGUCCAAGUGCAACUGCCUGGACCGCGGCUGCGACUGCUUCGACGGUGACCACUUCCUGGCCUACACGUCCAAGUUCAACACCAUCUCGUCGGUGGCGGUGACGCCCGACGGCGCCUUGCACAUCGCCGACCAGGCCAACUACCGCGUGCGCUCCGUCACGGCCAGCAUCCCGGACGCGAGCGGCUCGCGGGGAUACGAGAUCUUCUCGCCCGACACGCAGGAGACGUACGUGUUCAACCGGUUCGGCCAGCACGUCGCCACGCGCAACAUCCUGACGGGCGAGACCAGCUACCUGUUCACGUACAACGUCAACACCAGCAACGGCAAGCUGAGCACCGUGACGGACGCCGCGGGCAACAAGGUCUUCCUUCUCAGAGACUACUCCAGCCAGGUGAACUCCAUCGAGAACACGAAGGGGCAGAAGUGCCGGCUGCGCAUGUCCCGCAUGAAGAUGCUGCACGAGCUGAGCACGCCGGACAACUACAACGUCACGUUCGACUACCACGGCCCCACGGGCUUGCUGAAGACCAAGCUGGACAGCACGGGCCGCAGCUGGGUGUACAACUACGACGAGUUCGGCCGCCUCACCUCGGGCAUCACCCCCACGGGCCGGGUCAUCAGCCUGUCGUUCGACCUGAGCGUCAAGGGCGCCACGGUGCGCGUCGCGCAGGACAACAGGAAGCCCGUGUCCAUGCUCAUCAAGGGCUCCAGCGUCGUCACCAAAGUCGGCGAGGCGGAGCACCGGACGGUGGUGAUGCCGGACGGCAGCGUGACGAGCGUCGCGCCGUGGUCCCACAGCGUGAGCACGGACACCGUCCCCUACACCGUGCUCUCGGACAUCGACCCGGUGCUGGGGGAGAGCUUCCCGGUGCCGGCCAAGCAGCGGACGGAGGUGGGCGGCGACCUGGCCAACCGCUUCGAGUGGCGCUACUUCCUGCGGCGGGCGCAGGGGGGGGCCGGCGGCGCCCGCGGGGGAGGGGCGGCGGCGGGGGGAGGAGGCAAGCCCGUGGUGCAGGUGGGGCGCAAGCUGCGGGUCAACGGGGAGAACCUGCUGACGGCCGAGUACGACCGGGAGACGGGCACCGUCGCCGUCUUCAUGGACGACCGGGUGGAGCUGCUCAACGUCACUUACGACCGCACAGCGCGGCCGGUCAAGUGGGGCCCCAGGAAUGGCAUAUUUGCCGGCGUGGAGCUGGAGUACGACCGCUUCAGCCGCCUCACCAGCUGGAAGUGGGGAGACCUCCAAGAGAGUUACGCCUUCGACAGAGCCGGCCGGCUGUCGGAGAUCCGCUACGGGGACGGCUCCGCGAUGAUCUACACCUUCAAGGACAUGUUCAGCAGUCUGCCGCUGAAGGUGACAACUCCGCGAGGCAGCGACUACCUGCUGCAGUACGACGAGGCGGGGGCGCUGCAGUCGCUGACCACCCCCAGGGGCCACAUCCACGCCUUCUCCCUGCAGACGUCGCUGGGGUUCUUCAAGUACCAGUACUUCUCGCCCAUGAACCGCCACCCCUACGAGAUCCUGUACGACGACGACGGCCAGAUCCUGGCCAAGGCGUACCCGCACCAGUCGGGGAAGGUGUCGUACGUGUACGACCAGACGGGGAAGCUGGAGACGGUGCUGGCCGGGUUCUCCUCCACCCGCUACACCUACCAGGAGGACACGGAGCUGGUGAAGGCGGUGGACGUGGCCGAGCCCGGCUUCGAGCUGAAGCGCGAGUUCAAGUACCACGCGGGCAUCGUCAAGGAGGAGAAGCUCAAGUUCGGCAGCGCCAGCGGCCUCGACGACGCCCACUACCGCUUCCAGUACGACGGCAACGCCAGGAUUUCGGGCAUCGACGUGGAGGUGGACGGCAAGCAGCUGCCGCAGCAGCGGGUCAAGUACGACCAGAACCUGGGCGUCUUGGAGGGCGUGAGCGACCUCCGCAUCUACCGCAACACGUUCAACCGGUCCGUGAUGCAGGACACCGGCAAGCAGUUCUUCACCAUAACGGACCACGACGGCCACGGCCGAGUGAAGACGGUGCUCAUCAACAUCAAGUCGUUCGACGUGUUCCGGCUGGAGCUGGAGUACGACAAGCGCAACCGGAUCAAGACGCAGAAGCUGCUGAUCGGGCGGGCGACCCUCCUGGACCGCGUCACCUACAACGCGGACGGCCACAUCCUGGAGGUCUCGGGCACCAGCAACUGGAAGUACGUGUACGACGAGAACGGGAACGUGAUCGGGGUGGUGGAGCAGGGGGAGAAGAUAUCCCUGGGGUACGACAGCGGUGACCGGGUGGUGCAGUACGGUGACGUGGAGUUCAACAGCUACGACGGGCGCGGCUUCGUGGUGAGGCGCGGCGAGCAGAAGUACCGCUACAACUCCCGGGCCCAGCUGACCCACGCCUUCGAGCGUGACAAGUUCCAGACGUGGUACUUCUACGACGACCGGGGGCGGCUCGUCUCGUGGCACGACGAGCGCGGGAACGUGACCCAGUUCCUGUACGCCGACCCCAGCAGCCCGGAUCUCAUCACCCACGUCCACUUCCCGAAGGCCGGCCGGACGUUCCGGCUGCUCUACGACGAGCGCCGGGUCCUCAUCACGGUCGAGACGUCGGAGCAGCGGUUCUACGUGGCGUCGGACCAGAACGGCUCGCCUCUCGCACUGUUCGACACCAACGGGAACAUCAUAAAGGAGAUACGCCGGACACCCUUCGGAAAAGUGACGAAGGAUUCCAACCCGGAUUUCUACCUCCCUGUGGACUUCCACGGCGGGUUGUUAGAUCCCAACACCGGCUUAGUGUACUUGGACAAACGGCUGUACGAUCCGACAGUGGGCCAGUGGAUGACGCCUGCCUGGGAGGAGCUGGCCAAUCAGCUUACAGCACCCACUGAUGUCUUCAUUUAUAGAUUCCAAAACAACGAUCCGAUCAAUCCGAAGAGUAAUGUCACAUACAUGACAGACCUGCCGAGCUGGCUGAAGCUGUACGGCUACGACGUGGACGACAUGCUGGGCUCGUCGUACACGGCGCGCGCCGUCCACCGGCCGAGGGCGGCCGUCACCUCCCCGCAGCUGUCGCCCGACUUCGGCGUCACCUCGGGCCUGCAGUGCACCGUCGACAAGGUGAACCGGAACUUCCGCGAGCUGGGGUUCGUCCCGAAGCCCCUGCUGAAGAUGGAGCCCAAGACCAGGAACCUCCUGCCGCGAGUGGCCUACAGGCGAGCGGUGUUCGGCGAAGGCGUCCUCAUCUCGCGCCUGGACGGGCGGGCGAUCGUCAGCGUGGUGGACGGCGUGAACGGCGUGGUGCAGGACGUCGUCACGUCCGUCUUCAACAACUCGCACUUCCUGGACCUGCGCCUCAGCCUGCACGGCCAGGACGCCUUCUACUUCGUCAAGGACAACGCGCUCAAGAUCCGCGACGACCAGGAGGAGCUGCGCCGGCUGGGCGGCAUGUUCAACGUGUCGGCGCACGACGCGGCGGAGCACGGCGGCACGGGGAAGGAGCUCCGGCUGCGCGGGCCCGACGCGGCGGUGUUCGUGCGGUAUGGCGCCGACCCGGGGCAGGAGCUCCGGCGGGUGCUCAAGCACGCCCGCAAGCGCGCCGUCGAGCGCGCCUGGGAGCUGGAGAAGCAGCUGGUGGCGGCGGGGUUCCCCGGCCGCGGCGAGUGGAGCGACGAGGAGCGCGAGGAGCUCCUGGCCCGCGGCGGCGUCGACGGCUACGAGGGCGCCGACGUCCACGGCGUCCACCGGUACCCGCAGCUGGCCGACGACCCGGGCAACGUGGCCUUCCGGCGCGACGCCCGCCGCAAGCGGAGGAAGAGCGGGGGCCGGCGGUCGCGGCUGCACCGGCACGACUCGUGAUCCCGCUGAGACACCUACCCCCUCCCCUCCCCCCCCUCCCCCCCCCCCUUGUGAAGCCAGGAUCUGCGACCCGUGCCUAGCACGUCGGUACGUUGCGUUCGCCCCGUGCGAUUUCCCCCCGACGACGAUCCGCUGAGCCCGCACGCAACUGUCAGCCGGGGAUUUCCGCUCUCGACUCGGAGCGGAGCGGUCGACCUCCCAGAAGCGAGGCGGCCACCGACGCCCGAAUGUUUCUCGAGAGAAUGCGUGUGUGUGUGUAAGUAGGUCCGCUGAGUCCGGCCUGACAGUCGAACGCGCCGCAAGAUGGUAGGUUCUUCAAAAGCCGUGGUCGUCGGUUUCGUUUAACGUUCUUAUUUCUUUUAAGGCCAAAGUGACAGCGAAGCAAGACUAGUCAUGCCGUCGUUCCCGUGACUGUCGAACGGCUGCUUUUUCAGAAACUUUUUUUUUUUCACCCCCCUUCUGACGCUUCAGUUUUGACAGCGAAGAACUUGUGUUGUAUCAUUACAGUUUUCAUCAUGGACAAAGGAUGAUCCUAGAGAAAAUGGCUGGCAGUAACAGAGUAGGAAAGUAGCAGAUUAUAUUUUGGAGCUAGUGUUUGUGUUUCUGAGGCAAUAGACAAACAUUAUCAGUAAUGAGGGAAGAGUUUUUUUCUUGCCCAAAUCAGGGUACAGUUUUCGACUGAUACUGUAGAUGAGGAGUAAUGGCGUGGUGUUUUCUAAGAAUGUAUUUUGUGAGAUAUAAUUAUCAUGACGUGCCAUUUUUAAACGUGCGAGAUAAAAAAAAAGUUUUGCAUUCUUCCUACGAUGUUACAGCUUAAAUUUCCUGGCCAUGCUGCAAGGUUGAAUGAUGAUGAAAGAUAAUUUUUUUGUUAACCUACAUAACAUGUUGCAGAGGCCUACUCACUAGCUUUGUGGAAAAAUAUAGGACGUUUUAGUUAUAUGUUCUGUGUGAUCGGAAAAUGCAGGAUCAUUGAAAGGUACUAAUUUAACCGAAAUCACCAUUUGGAAACAGAAUAAAUAGUUGAUCAUGAUUCUAUGCUGUACUGUAUUGGCUCAAAUACAGAACAUUUUACUUGUAUAAUCUGAACUACAGGCAGGAAGAUACUUUAGGAUAAAGUUAGAUACUGAAAGUGAUAACUUGAGACAAACAAUAUGCUACUACUCUGUACGCUCCAACAGCACUUUGCAUCUAAUCCCUCCAUUAAUACUGGCUGCACCACCAAAAAAAAAAAAAAUCAUACCAACCUAUAAUCAAGUGUACACAAUACCUAUUCCUCCAAGAUUACUCCCUUAACUGCUAACACACACCAAAUGCUAGCGCACAGAAUACUACACACACUGCAAUAUGAAGAUGCUAUUUCAGAAAUAUUGCUGUGUUACCUUUAACAUGUUGUAGAGUUUACUUUUGCAAUAUUUUGAUGAACCUGUUAAACCUCUUUCCCUUCCUCCUCUUAUCACUUUUUACAUAGAUAUGCCCUUACAACUUUGUGGCCUUCCACUUUCUGAGCAUUGUCUCACAGUUUGGACUAAAUUUUGCAGUGCAUUUUAUUUUUUAAAAAUGUAAAAUUUAACAUGAAUUUUUGGCUACAGCAUUAUUACAAAAAAAAUUUCUGCAAACAGAAAUUAGUAAUUUUUUUUUUAACAGAUAUAGGUUGUUGACUAUAUAAAAAAAAUAAUAGCCUAUUGUAUUUAAUCCAAUACAGUAAAUUGACAUUGUCAUCUGUUUCAGAAAUGAGUGCAUGUGUCAGGGGAAUGUGUUUUUUUACCAAUAGAAUGAGUGACGUAGUGAAGUGAAAACAAAAAAAAACAAUAGAAAGAGAAAUGGUGAUUUUUUUUUUCUAUUACGAAUUUGUAACACCUGUAGAACUUUGAACGCAAAGCGGCCAGUAGUUUGUGUGAAUACUCAUGUGAAAACAUUGUCUCUCUUAGCAGAAAUGUCUAGAGACGAGUGUGUGUACAUAAUGCUAGAAAAGAGCGUCACAGACAGAAAAACCGUUCCUUGUGUGCUUUGUCUGAACUGAACUGAGUUUUUCUAGGGCGAUUAAACUCUCUAUGUCUGUGAUUUUGCAUUGCAAUAGUAGCCAGAAAAGGGUAUUGUUUAAUAUUUACAGCAAAUUAUAAGUGUAUAUAAUUUUGUUUUUGAAAAGAAAAAAAAAGAAAAGCUUUGAAUGAAAAUGAUUAGUUAAUACUUAAAAUAAUUUUCUUUUUAAUGGCUUUGUUCUGAAUGGGAAACUAACAAACACAUUACCAGUCAACCUCGGUACGAUGUCAGUUGCAAAAUGUUAAGUUUUGGAUCUCAGUAGAGCUUAGUGAAUGUUUUCUUUUCUUUUUUUCCUUUAAGAAUAUAGCUACAAUAAAAAUAAAUCUGAUGAUAUUUUUAGCUUCAUAGUGUAUGUUAUGGUUAAUUUUUUAACACGAAGCUUCUAUCCUUGGUGCUUAAACAAUGCUACAACCUCACUGUAUAUUUGUACACAUUUCAUUAGAGUUUUAAAAAUUGUAAAAUAUAUAGAAGAGUAAUUUUCUUUACAUAAAAAAAAGGAAAUAUUUUUAGCUUAUGAAAGUUUAUUUUAUAAAUAUGUGUGUAAAGAUCUAUUUAAUACUAUAUUUUAUGAUGUUUUCAAAGUAAUCAUGUUUCUCCUGUGUACUUUGUAAAUUCAAAUGUUCUGGAUAUUUGUGUGGGAGUAUUUCAAUUCGAUUCAUCAACUUUUUUUCAGACAUGUACUACAGUGAACUUUACACACAUGUUUGGAAUUUUAAUUUCUUUUUAGUACCUACAAUGAUGUACAGAUGCAAAGUUAAUUGUUACUAUAGAAACAAAGCUUUAGUUUUGGAAAUAAUAAACAUAAAAUAAUGUAUAAAGUGAUUAAAUAGCAGCAUCAAAAUACCCGUGUCUAACCAACUGUGGAGAGAUGUGAAUUAGAAUAAUGAAUAAGACACUUGACAGUUCUGUAGUUCACUGUUGUUUAUUUAUGUGAAUUUGUUUUAAAGAAAGUAAAAUUGUUGGGGGGGAAAGUGCCACAGGGAGACAUAUUUUUCCAAAGGUUUUUACCUGAUUAAAAAAAAAGAAAGCAAUACUUACGAACUGAUAGCUCUUGUUUGUAUUUUAAGAAAGAAAUAUUGUGCAAUUCUCACUGUUUAUAGGUCUUUGGACGAUAAAUGACUUAAGCGGAGGCCUUAAGUUAUUUGUAAAACAUAUGGGUUUCACUGUAAAAAAAAUCAUGAUUUCCUAUACUCCUACUGUAUUUAUUUUACCUGAAACCCAUGAUAAAAAACCCAUAAACUUAAACUUAAAAGUAGCGUGUCCAUUCAGUUGGGAUACCAACUCCUGAAUACCAAAUGUACAUAGACCUAAUUAUUAAUUAAAACCAUGAACGUAAAACAGUGUUUACUACAAA